AUGCGCAACAGCAAGGACAUACCAAACAGGGGAAAAAGCGCACAACCUCUCCCCAUCAACAAGAUAAAAGCAACAAACGACCUCGUAUAUAUACGGACAGUUAAGAUAAGGCAAAAGAUGCAGUCAGUAUAUUUAUUUAACCGUAAUGACAAUGAAGUGCUACAAGAGUUAUUGCGAGUGUUUAGUUCCGGCCGCGGUACUGCCCGUGAACAGUGGACUUUGCAGGCGGAAUUAUUGGUCGAGCCAGUAGGUUGGGAUGCAUUGUGGAAGUUGUCUAAAGAAUUUUGCAAAAAGUUUGAUGUAAGAUUCCCUUGUAUUGCUUAUGUUACUGUUACAUCUGUGGAUUUUGAAGAGCUUACAGCUUCUGUAGAUGUGUUAAGAGUUCAACAUGAGGCAGUGACUUUACCAGAAACAGUUGUUGAUGUACCUCUGAUAGAACUGUGGCCUACUAUUGAGCAGAGAGAACAGUGUGUUAAUGCCGCUACAACUGCUGAUUUUAUUGAUCUAUUAAGAUUCUUUUAUCACAACAUAUGGAUGCCAUGGGAUGAUCAAGAUGAUAAAGUUCUACUUUCAAAUACCAUUGAAGAUAGGAUGAACCUUUGGUCUGAUAUCCAUAAUGGUACAAUACCACAUUACAUUGCUAGAUCCAUAACAUUGUUACGGAAUAGUGCCAUUAAUGCUCAUGAAAAACUAAAAGAGCUAGAUUCUUCUCUUUGUGAUGGAAUUUUAGCCGACGAUGAUGGCUCACAUGUGAAAUUGGAUAGCACUAUUAUAAGUAACUGCUCUGAGCAAUGCAUCCGAUGUGAAGUAGAUACCAAUGGUUGCAGCAAAAUUAACGAAAUGGAGGGGUUGCAAGUGAUGUCAAACUGCAAAAUUGGAUCCGGGAAUCUUCAAAAAGAAGUCUUAAUUGUCCAGCAAGAUGUUAAUUUAAUU